AUGUUAAUGAGUCUCCAGAAUGAGCAUGAUGCUGUGAGUAACGCCUCACCCCAGCUGCCAGACCAGCUCCUCGACCAGCUGCCAGACCAGCUCCCCGACCAGCUCCUCAACCAGCUGCCAGACCAGCUCCUCAACCAGCUCCCCGACCAGCUCCCCGACCAGCUCCCCGACCAGCUCCCCGACCAGCUCCUCAACCAGCUGCCAGACCAGCUCCUCAACCAGCUGCCAGACCAGCUCCCCGACCAGCUCCUCAACCAGCUCCCCGACCAGCUCCCCGACCAGCUCCUCAACCAGCCCCCCGACCAGCUCCCCGACCAGCUCCUCAACCAGCUCCCCGACCAGCUCCUCAACCAGCUCCCCGACCAGCUCCUCAACCAGCUCCUCAACCAGCUCCUCAACCAGCUGCCAGACCAGCUCCCCGACCAGCUCCCCAACCAGCUCCCCGACCAGCUCCUCAACCAGCUGCCAGACCAGCUCCCCGACCAGCUUCCCGACCAGCUCCUCAACCAGCUGCCAGACCAGCUCCCCGACCAGCUCCCCGACCAGUUCCCCAACCAGCUCCUCAACCAGCUCCCCGACCAGCUCCCCGACCAGUUCCCCAACCAGCUCCUCAACCAGCUCCCCGACCAGUUCCCCAACCAGCUCCUCAACCAGCUCCCCGACCAGCUUCCCGACCAGUUCCCCAACCAGCUCCUCAACCAGCUCCCCGACCAACUCCUCGACCAGCUGCCAGACCAGCUCCCCGACCAGCUCCUCAACCAGCUCCCCGACCAACUCCCCGACCAGCUCCCAGACCAGCUCCUCAACCAGCUCCCCGACCAGCUCCCCGACCAGCUCCCCGACCAGCUCCUCAACCAGCUCUCCGACCAGCAGCCAGACAUCAGAGACUCCUCCACCACGUCUCCUCAUCAGGCCACAGCCUCAACAGCACCUGCCUCUGGGGAGCAGCCAAAUAAACCUGCGAUGUACGCCAUGGAGAUCAACGUGGAGAAGGACAGAAAGACAGGGGACACCAGGAUCCUGUCAGCUUCUGCAGUCAGCCCUGACGAAGUGCCUGACCGCGGGGUCAAGGUUUUCGACGACGGCCGGAAGGUUGUCUACGAGGUUCGCUCAGGGGGGUCAUCCACCCUGGACAAUGGGGUUAACCGCUGGAGCUCCCAACAGGUGGAUGAGCUGAUGAAGCGGGUCGGGGCGACCACCGGCUGUGCUCAGGGAGGCAAGGCUAAAGUCACCGUCAAACCCGGCGACGCUGAUGACCUCAAAACCUCCCCCAGGUCCACUGACCGCUCCGCUGACCUCCCUACCAACUACACCCCCUACACUACCCCCCCAGCUGUACCUAGCUCUGCCACCACGGCCCACAAGAUGCCCCAGGCUCCAAGCACCCCCAUCACCACCCAGCCUCCACCCUACCGGGAGGUGAUAUCUGAGGGUGAGGUGACAGAGGCUCCCCAGGCUACGGCGGAGAAGCCGAUCACGAUGAUCUUCAUGGGCUAUCAUAAUGUAGACGACCAGGAUGAGACCAAGAGGCUGCUGGGAUUCGACGGCACCAUCAAGGCCGAGAUUGUCCUGAUCGAUGACGACGACGAGAAGUCGCUACGGGAGAAAACGGUGACAGACGGUUACUCCACCAUGGACGGCAACGCCGCCGACCUGGUGUCCGGCGCCCGGCCGCUCAGCGACACCACCGACCUGUCGUCGGAGGGGAAGGAUGAGAGCUCUGCCACGGCCACCAAGGAACUCUCCUCCCCAGCAGGUAUAGAGAAGAAAAAGCCCUGCUACUGCUGUACUAUCAUGUGACGCUCAUUUCUUUAACUACAUUACCCACAACUCUCUGUUACUCUUGGGACUGCAGGGAGGGAGGAGCUCAUUGGUUAAUCAAGGCUCUGAUCUCCCUCCUCCCUAAACCCUUCUCCUAUUCCUCCUAUUCCUCCUCACGGCUACUAACAGAACUUACCCUCUGGCCACUGGAACAUGGCUGCGUUGACAUCACUCUUUUUAACUUUGACCUUUGACACAUCCUUUGUGAGCUUGUGUCUGACCCUUAUCCUGACGAUGCCCCGAAACCCCCCUUCCUCCCAGGGAAAGUAAAGGCACUCUGUCACUCCCUUCAGUAGGACAACGGUGGAGGUUGAAGUUGACACGAGACACUAAUAAAGGGUCAGUUUAAGAUGUUUCCUACUACAGAUGAAGGUCAGGAUUGGAUGAGGGGAAGCUGAUCCUGGAUCUGUACCUAGGGGAAACUUCCCCCCCAGAGCAGGGCAACACACCACCAUUCCAACCAGAGUAGCACAGUGUUUGGGUUGGGUUGGGCUAGCCACUAGUUUCAUGGUAAACACGAUCCAUUUGGCCUGUAAGAAAUAGGUUACAACGCAAUCCUUUAACCUGUCCAAGGAAUGUUUGGUGUUAUUAAAGACCUGGAUCAGAUGACUCUCUAUCUGGCACAACUAAAAACGACAGAAAGAAGACACAUACAGAGACAUAGUAUGUUAAGUUGAUAUUCACACCCAUCUGUCUAGUUGCCUUAUUCAAGCAAAGACAUCUGACUGUAUGGAUAUCCAACGGACUAGGGGCCCAUCCCAAACUGCACCUUCUUCCCUAUGUAAUACAGUUCUUUUGACCAGAGCCUUGAGGGUAGAGUGGCCCUGACCUUGAUACAAUACCAAAUAUGGUAUCACAGAUUCAUCUUUAGAAUUGAGGAUUUCUGUAAAAAGAAGUGUACUGUAAUAGGGAAUAGGGAUCUGGUCUAAAGUAGUGCACUAUAUAAGGAAUAGGGCUCUGGUCUAAAGUAGUGCACUAUAUAGGGAAUAGGGCUCUGGUCUAAAGUAGUGCACUAUAUAGGGAAUAUGGCUCUGGUCUAAAGUAGUGCACUAUAUAGAGGGAAUAGGGUACAUUUGGGAUAUAUCCUGUGAAGGGCAUUACUUAUGACCUUCUGUCUGUACUGUCAGAAACAUGAACAGUUAUCAUAAUUAAUGUUAGGCACAUAACCUCCUCAACCAAACCAUGUCAGAGGUGAGGAGGGAACCACCAGGGUAUCAGAGUAUAGGAGGGAACUCAGGGUAUUAGAGUAUAGGAGGGAACUCAGGGUAUCAGAGUAUUGGAGGGAACUCUACCAGGGUACCCGAGUAUAGGAGGGAACUCAGGGUAUCAGAGUAUAGGAGGGAACUACCAGGGUAUCAGAGUAUAGGAGGGAACUCUACCAGGGUAUCAGAGUAUAGGAGGGAACUCUACCAGGGUAUCAGAGUAUAGGAGGGAACUCAGGGUAUCAGAGUAUAGGAGGGAACUCUACCAGGGUAUCAGAGUAUAGGAGGGUACUCUACCAGGGUAUCAGAGUAUAGGAGGGAAC